AUGCCAAAUCCACAACCCUUGCCAGUGCCCAAAGUGAAGCCGCUUCCUCAAGUCAAUCGCAACAACAACAUUGUAACACGGGAUCAUCAAAAUUCUUCAUUGAAAAGCUCGCCAUCAUUAUCAAACACCACUACCCUAAAUACUGUAUCGGAUCAUUUCACAAGAUCCUUGUCCUCAUCCACAUCACUACAUACCAACGCUACUGCUUCAUCGAGCGUAGCAAGCGGGAGUUCAACACUCGGUUCGUCAUCCUCACUCCAUCAUCAUCAUCACUCGCUCAGUACUAGUUCUUCCAACAGCAGCACCCCUGCUAUCACACCAUCGUUCCAUACUGUUUCUCAAAAUACAAUCAUUGGCGAAUAUUUAUCAGCUCAGGAUGUGAUCGAUGAAUUAAAGCUGGAUCAGUUUGGUGAUAAUCCCCUUGUGAAUGAACUAAGUUAUUUCUAUGAUUUAAUUGAUGAUGAAGAAGACGAUUAUGGAGAAUACAUCCCUGCUUUUGUGAAAAAUAGUCAUCAACCUAUGACAUCAUCGAGUAGUGAAACGGAUCAACAACAACAAUGGAGUGCUGCCUCCAAUUUGGAACUUGAAUCUAAAAUUGAUGAAAAGCUACUGAUGAACCAAUUAACCAGUUUCAAUGAACAAGAAAGAUUAACAGGAGUUAGAGAUUUAAAGUUGCUGGUCAAGUAUAAACAAGAAUUCGCGAUAUUUAUUUUACCUCAAUUAUUCUCAAUAUAUGGAAGCACGUUGGAAGAUGAAGAUCACAUCAAACAAAACUAUGAAAAGAACUCUGCAUUCCAAAUUCUGCAGGUUAUCACAUACAUCAGUGAUCAAUACCAAAAUCAAUGUAAAUCCGAAUAUUCAAAUCAUUUUUAUAACAUGCUACAUAUUUUGGCAAAACGACAAAUACCAAGAUACAUUUCAAACAAAUUUGUAUUGAAGUAUUACAUCAAACUAUUAUAUAUUUUCAUGCCAAGUUAUUAUAUGGCUACUAGUGGUACAUCUAGCAGCAAUAGCACAAACAAUGUUGCAAAGAAAAUCCCAAAUACUAAUGUCGAUCAAGAAUCAACAUCAUUACGCCGUCAUGACGAUUUGUAUGAAUUUAACAACAUUUCAUUUCCGAAUUAUAUCAAAUUCAUCACGUUGAAUUCAGUUCUAUUCAAUGCAUGCUAUUAUCCGUUUCUUUUAAAGAGUCUACAACUUACGGAUAUAGAAUUGAAUACAGAUGAAGUGAAAUGCAUAUUGCAAUAUUUUUAUGAAGCGUUUAUCAUGAGCGUUGGAAAAAGUGACAGUUCUAUUUCUAACAAUGCCAAAAAGAAUGUGGACGAGGUCAAUAGUGGCAACAUUAAAAUCAAUAGCAGCACCAAGCAGAUCUUACCUUCUGCUAGUAGUGUUGCUGCCAUCAAAUAUCCUCGCAAAUAUAUUUUGCAAAGCUUGAGUGAUGUCAUUCUAUGCAUUACUACGUAUCACACCAAAAAUUUCGAUUCUGUAAUGGAACACAUCAAAUGCCGUUUCAAUCACCCAAUUAUUAUUUUACAUACCCUAUAUAGCAUGAAUAAGAAAGUAUUUAAAACUAAUUUUGGCUCCUUAUUCGAAACAUUCAACGAUAUUGUAAACAAAUAUAUUGUGAAUUUGACUGAAUUUGAUAUAUCAGAACAGUGUGUAAUUUACUAUUACUUGUAUAAUAUUUUAAGUGAAUUGGUGAAAAAUAUGAAUGUCAAUGUAACAGACACAUCUGGCGUUGCCUCCACGAACAGUGUUUUCAAAUUAUUCUCCAUUCUUCACAAAUACUAUUUCAACAAUAUUUACAUCAAGUCUAUUUCCAUUCAAAAUUUUAUUAAUCAUAGAAUCUCACAUGAAUACAGGGACACUUCGUCGACAAUUUCAUUGCAGUCCAUUAGCGAGACAUUGUUUCACUUAAUCUAUACUUGUAUUGACAAAUUCAACAGCCAUAUUAACACAGCAAGUGGAAAUGGAAAUCAAGGUGGUUCCGACACAAGUUUCACUCAUUCCAUGAAUCAAUCAUUGUUGAGCAUAAUUUUAAAUUAUUACACUCAUACACCAACGAGCUGCAGUAGUGGCAUGAUUAAGGACAACGGUAUUUCUGCAUCAUCUUUUAUGCUCAACAAUAGAUAUUACAUUCAAUCACUCUAUCGCUUAUUGAAACUGAAUACUAAAACUUGUUAUUCGUUCCAACCAAGUAACCUUGAUCAUGAAGAGAGCAUUGAAAAUAUUUUACAACCAUUAGUGGAAGAGUUGAAACUCCUUUAUUGCAUUGAAGAAGUAGUGGACGACAACCUGUUGUCAAAUCCAAUCAUUGAAUUUAUCAUUAAGGAAUUGAAUCACCUCUCUUCCUCGUCAUCCAAGUAA